AGGUUUUCUCACUUCGCAAGUGAAACAAACAACUCUCAGCCAAAAUACACUAAACUUAUCUCUAUCAAAUCUCUCUCUAUUUCUCUUGUGGUAAAAAACAUAGAGCAAGUAGAUAUCUCUUUCUCUCUCUCUCUCUUGCUCCUUGUGUUCUUCUUGUUCAGUGCCAAAACAUUCUCGAGUACCCCAAAAGAGCAAGAUGUCUAUAAGAAGAAUCUACCGAUGUCUGAAUGCUUUAAUCAAAAGAUCAUGUGCUCGAUCUUUAUGAUCAUACGUACCUCUUCACACUUUGUUUCAACUCUCAGGUUUUCAAUUUUUUUCUAUUUGUUGUUUUCACUUGAGAACAAUUCUUUUGAAUUCGACCAAAGAUAAAUCAUUACAUUAAAAAAAGCCAAGACUCCGUGAAGAAUCAAGAAUCAAGAAUCAAGAAUCAAGAAUCAAGAAUGGUGCGGACACCAUGUUGCAAACCUGAAUUAGGGUUAAAGAAAGGAGCUUGGACUCCCGAGGAAGAUCAGAAGCUUAUCUCCUACCUUAACAAUCACGGUGAAGGUGGAUGGCGAACUCUACCCGAAAAAGCUGGACUGAAGAGAUGUGGCAAAAGCUGCAGACUGAGGUGGGCCAAUUAUCUAAGACCUGACAUCAAAAGAGGAGAGUUCACUGAAGAUGAAGAACUUUCUAUCAUCUCUCUUCACGCCCUUCACGGCAACAAAUGGUCUGAUAUAGCUCGUGGAUUACCGGGAAGAACCGAUAACGAAAUCAAGAACUACUGGAACACUCAUAUAAAAAAACGUUUGAUCAAGAAAGGUGUCGACCCGGUUACACACAAGAGUUUGAUCUCCGAAACCAGCAAAUCAGAAAACCUCCCGGAGAUUCUGAAUAAUCAAAACAUUAUUCAGACAACUAUAUCGAGUAACGAUGAUCUUGGUAAUAAUGAGAAGGUCAAGAAUGAAGACAAGAAGUCAAGAUUAUCAUCAGCUAGGUUCUUGAACAAGGUAGCAAAUAGGGUUGGAAAGAAAAUCAAUCAGAGUGUUCUCUCGGAGAUUAUCGGAAGUGGUGGCCCACUCACUACUACUACAAGUGUCACCGUUGACUCUAUAUCAGAUAAGUCAAUGAAUUUUUCCUUCACACCAACUUCGUAUCCUCUCAACCAGAUGACCGUUAAUGAUAACGGUAACGCUACGUCGCCUCCAUCCAUGUUCUCUGAUUCCUCCGUUAACGAUCCUUUAAUGUACCGUAGUGUUGAUAAUAUCGGAUUCCCAGGGUUUCUGAAUGAGCAACAUGUCAUGAAUGAACUUACGAGGUUUCUUCAGGAGGAUGUGAACAAUGACGUCGAGGUGACGCCGGUCUAUGAAUAUCAAGACGAUUUCGAAGAGAUUGGUAACUAUUUUGCAUGAGUGAAUCUUCUGACGAAUCCCACAUGAUCACUUGAAUUUGAUCAUGUAUAUAUAUAUAUAUAUAUAUAUGUUGAUUGAAAUAUUACCACGAUGAUGCUAAUAAUAGAAUAAUAACAUGUAGCGUGUACGUAACUACGUAUUGUGAUAUAUGUGCGUGUCUUUUUCGUGAUUUUCUAAUUUUUCUUAUUUUGUAAGUUUGCCAUAAAGUGUGUUUCGUAUAAAAUGGAUAAUUAUUAAUGGUGAUCA